UCUACUCUUAUGGCUACCAUUUAUAUAGCACCUUCGUUCCCGAAUGAUUCCAUGGCCCUUCACGGACUCUGUGCAUACAGCUCCACCGAAAGGCAGCCACUUCUGGGUUAGAAAGUGGUGGAGCAAUGUAUGUGUGUGGGGCACCUUUGGCCAAGCAGGACAAGGCAAACCUCGGUGCCGGUGAAAACUUUGGUUUUAAGGUUCCACCUCACAAAAUAAUCUGCUGUUUGAAUGCCACCCCAGUGACACCCUAAUGAUAUCACUGUUAUGGGGGAAGAUAAAGCAGUUGCCUCCAGCAGUUCUGAAGACUUCCUCAUUGCUAUGGAGAGUAGAGCCACUGCCUGAAGCUGUGGGUCACGCAGGAGUUCUGUGCCACAGCCUGCUUUCCCUCAGGAUAGAGUAUUGUGGACAGGACAAACCACCAUCUGAGGGCUCUCUGGUGACACAGCACGUCACUCAUGAACAGGGAGCAAGCCUGCUCCAUGAAUCUGUCCUGAAAUGAUGAAACCACAUAAACCACUUGGCUUGAGGGAAGCCAGGUCAUUGUGAUAGAACACUCACGGGGCAGGAGCACUCAGCAAUUCUAGAACCGUGUCUCAAAGGCCCCAGUUGGGGCCAGAACUUGGAGGCGGCAGUUGGAGAUCAGAGAUGGCAAGUCUCAACUGGAGGAUGCUGAAGGCAGCCAUGGAGCACUAUCUCUCUGCUGGUUCCCAGACUGCAGACGAGGUGUUGAGGCCAGAGGAGAAGCUGGGAGAGAUCAGUCACAGACGACAGUUGCUAGGCAUAGGACCUACUCAGCUCUUGGAUAUGCCACUUGGUGCCAAGCUCCCCUUGCUACCAGGCUCCAGUACAUUGUUCUAUAGAACAAAUCUGGGAGAAAAGCUUUAUCAACCUCCUAGUGGCUUUGAUCUUGGUGAUCCUUACUGUCGCUUAAUGACAACAAAAUAUAGAAGUCUACAUGAUCCACAUUUACGUUCCUAUUACAAGCGCAAAAAUAACCUACGGAGAUUAAAGAAAGGAGGUUAUGUCACCAACGAUAACAAAGUUGUGUGUACUCUAAAGGAAUUCAAUGAAUAUCGGCAGUAUCUGACCACCCUCAAGUUAGAGUUUGAAAAAAAUUAUAUGAGAGAACAAAAAAUGCUUGAAAAACAAGUGACAAAACUACAGGAUCCCAUUCUGCUUCCAGAAGGUGCUGACACCUCUCACUUCAGAGAGUGGCUGCUCCGAGAAGAAAGAGAAAAUUUACAAGAACGAGAAAGACAGAUGAGGAACAGAUAUGUAGAUAUGAUUAAUAAAGAACUGGAAAAAAUAAAGUGCAUCGCAGAAGAAAAACAUCUCCUUCAACAGGCUGAGGAAGAGAAAAGGCAACACGAAAAAAAGAAAAAGAAACAACCCAUUCUUCAUAUAAAAAUGGAAGAGGAAUGGAAGCAAAAAGAGAUGUUACUUCUGCUGAAAAUUGGAGAGGAUGUGAAACGAGAAGCAAGAAUUGAGGAACUGCGAAGGAAAAGAAGAGAAGAGAAAGCUAAAAAGGUAUAUUAA